GCUGAGGAGAGAGCAUCCUCCGCGGCAGGUUUCUCCUCACACAGGCCCCGUUUUCAUGGAUGUAAUGUUAGAAAUCAGAGAAUUAUUAAUGCUAAAUACCACAUUACUACCGUGAGUUCACGCUGCUCCCGGUAAUCUCCCGGUAAUCUCGGGCUGCUGUAACUCUCCGAGCUCAGCCAUGGUGGAUUUAUCCGGGAAUGGUGCAGUGUCGCCGGGACACACCAGACACGGACAGAGCUCCGGAAAUAACGGGAGGAAAACGUCGAAAAAGUCCCGAACGAGAAGAGGCAAACGGGGCCGGAGGAGACGGAACAAAAAGAACAACCGCAACAACAAAACCCCACCACCGUAUUUCCCGCCGGAGGCUGAAGAAGGAAACAUCGAGUACAAGUUGAAGCUGGUUAAUCCCACUCAGUAUCGCUUCGAGCACCUGGCCACGCAGCUGAAAUGGCGUCUGCAGGAGGGCCGCGGCGAGGCCGUCUACCAGAUCGGAGUGGAGGACAACGGCCUGCUGGUGGGCCUGACCGAGGCGGACAUGAGGGCGUCGCUGAAGACCUUGAAGAGGAUGGCAGAGAAAGUCGGAGCCGACAUCACGCUCCUCAGAGAGAGGGAGGUGGACUACGACUCGGACAGAAACACUCGCAAAAUUGCUGAAGUCCUGGUCCGAAAAGUUCCUGAUGACCAGCAGUUCCUGGAUCUGCGGGUGGCGGUGCUGGGGAACGUGGACUCGGGGAAGUCGACCCUGCUGGGCGUGUUGACGCAGGGCGAGCUGGACAACGGCAGAGGACGAGCUCGACUCAACCUCUUCAGACACCUGCACGAGAUCCAGACGGGACGGACGUCCAGCAUCAGCUUCGAGAUCCUCGGCUUCAACAGCAAAGGAGAGGUGGUGAACUACAGCGAGUCUCGGACAGCGGAGGAGAUCUGUGAGAGCUCGUCUAAGAUGAUCACCUUCAUCGACCUGGCCGGACACCACAAGUACCUGAAAACGACCAUCUUUGGCCUCACUAGCUACUGCCCCGACUUCGCCAUGCUGGUGGUGAGCGCCAACACGGGCAUCGCCGGAACGACCAGAGAACACCUGGGUCUGGCCAUGGCGCUGAAAGUUCCCAUCUUCAUCGUGGUCAGUAAAGUGGACCUGUGCUCGCGCGGCACCGUGGACAGGACGGUCCGUCAGCUGGAGCGGGUCCUGAAGCAACCGGGCUGCAACAAGGUUCCCAUGGUGAUAUCGAACCCCGACGACGCCGUGACGGCCGCGCAGCAGUUCGCACAGUCUGCAUGCAUCACGCCCAUCUUCACCUUGUCCAGUGUGUCUGGAGAGAGUCUGGACCUGCUGAAGGUUUUCCUGAACAUCCUCCCUCCUCUGAGCAACAGUAAGGAGCAGGAGGAGCUGAUGCAGCAGCUUACCGAGUUCCAGGUGGAUGAGAUCUACUCUGUCCCUGAUGUCGGCACCGUGGUGGGAGGAACUCUGUACAGCGGAGUGUGUCGGGAGGGCGAGCGGCUGGUGGUCGGCCCCACAGACGAGGGUCGGUUCCUGCGUCUGAAGGUGGGCAGCAUCCAGAGGAACCGCUCGGCCUGCAGGGUGCUGAGGGCCGGACAGGCCGCCACGCUCGCUUUGGGGAACUUUGACCGCUCGCUGCUGCGUAAGGGCAUGGUGAUGGUCAGCCCUAAGAUGAACCCGACCAUCUGCUGUCAGUUUGAAGCCGCCAUCGUGCUCCUCUUCCACGCCAAGACCUUCCGCCGGGGCUCACAGGUCACCGUCCACGUCGGCAACGUGCGGCAGACUGCCAUUGUGGAGUGUCUCCACGGGAAGGAGGAGCUGCGUACGGGCGAGAGAGCCGUGGUCCGCUUCCGCUUCAUCAAACACCCCGAGUACCUGCGACUGGGCGCCAAGCUGCUCUUCAGGGAGGGCGUCACCAAAGGCAUCGGCCACGUUGCCCGUCUGCUGCCUCCCUCCCAGAACCAUGACCAGAACCAGAACCAAAACCAUGACCAGAACCUGCAGGAGCCCUGAAGACGUCCAUCCUGCAUCAAGAACUUUCAGGCGGGCUCCUCCCCUGCCACGUGUCGGCGUAUGUCUCCGCCCCUCCUGGAUCUUUCAUUCUGUCCUUGUUCUGUCCCGCUGUGAUGUCAUCGGCGCCCUCUUCCUCUCUGCAGACUUUCGUGUCUUGACUCGGAGCUGGCUGACCUCGUGGACUUAAGCCUCGACCGUUAAUCUGAGGCCGUGGCGUGAGAAGGCGGCGGGAUUAUUUUGGGGGGAUUUGAGGAACGGAUGGAUGUAACUGUGCUCGGGGAGGAUUGACCCCUCGGUCGGCCCCCUCCUCAACAUCAAAUCUGCACGCGCUCAGAGGGAACAUGGCGCUCUGGAGAGGAGGAUUAUUCCCUCAAACAUUCAGGACUGUGAUGGUUUCACAUUUUCAGCUCAAACUUCAAAAACAGAAGAUUUAACGCCACAUUUUUAAGAGUACGGUGGCUGACGAGGGUCAUUUUUAGACAUUUUAUGUUGAAAAGAUACACACAUAAAUCCACUCUGAGUGAAAAUUGGAGAAGGAAAGACGGUUAAAGAAGUUUCUACUGGAAUGUUUUUAUUCAUGUAACUGAAGAGUUCAAAGGGCAUUCAGAAGACAUAAAGACAGAAGUAGAAGCUAAUCACAAUAAUUACCUUCAGAUCAACAUGUUUUUGUCCCUUCAGAGCCUCCGUAUGUUUCAGAUCAACUCUCUUUCAGACUGAACUUUGAAUUUGUGCGUCUACAGACGACUGUGGCUGAAAUGUUUGCAUCCUGGUUUCCGGUUCGUUCUCUCUGUCCGUGUUUCGUGCUGAUAUUAAAGUUUGUAGGUUUGAUGUAAACGGCAGCUUUCUGCAGCUAAAAACAUAACCUGCAUGCUCUCUGACCGGCGGUGGAAACUUUAACUCCUGUUUAUGAGAUGAAACGUGUAUCCGCUGUUGAACCUGCUUCUGGUUUUUAUUCCCAGGUUCUGUGUAAGCCUAAAUAUGGAAUGUACUCUCCAUGGAUCCUGUGCAGCAUCCUGAAAUGCUCACUGUUCAGAUGGAGUUAGUGUUGACUUUGCACUUUGCUUUCUGAUUCUGCAUGCGUGUCCACGGCGGCGUGGGCGGUCCCGCAGCUCGAUGAGUGAUGACGUGUGAGACUGAACCUUUACAGAGUGGAUUUAUCAGUUUGUUUUCCUGACUGUCACUCUAGCUAAUAAACCUUAA